CGAGGCUCGCGAGCAGCCCCCUCCCCUUCCUGGGCUUCCCCCACCCACUUCCCGGUCGGCUCCGGGGCAUGAGCAGCGAUGGCCGGCUGCAGCCCCGAGGAGAAAACUUACCGGCGCUUCCUGGAGCUAUUCUUGGGCGAGUUUCGCGGACCGUGUGGCGGCGGCGAGCCCGAGCCGGAACCCGAACCCGAGUCGGAGCCCGAGCCCGAGCCCGAACUGGUGGCGGCUGAGGCGCCCGAGGCUUCGGUCGAGGAACCCGGGGAGGAGGUGGACACUGUAGCCGCGACGGAGGAGGGGGAGCAAGAGCAGGAGCAAGACCCCGAGCCCGAGGACGAGGUGGUGGCGGCGGAGGGCGAGGAGGAAGAGGCGGCGGCAGCCCGGGGGCAGUCGGCCGUGCCGCCGCCGCCGCCGCAGCCCCAGCUGCCGCCGCUACCCCCGCUCCCGCGGCCGCUGUCGGAGCGCAUCACCCGCGAGGAGGUGGAGGGCGAGAGCCUGGACCUGUGCCUGCAGCAGCUCUACAAAUAUAACUGCCCUUCCUUUCUGGCUGCUGCUUUAGCCAGAGCCACAUCAGACCAAGUCCUGCAGAGUGAUCUCUCUGCACAUUAUAUUCCAAAGGAAACCGACGGCACAGAAGGGACUGUGGAGAUUGAGACAGUGAAAUUGGCCCGUUCUGUCUUCAGUAAACUACACGAAAUUUGCUGCAGCUGGGUGAAAGACUUCCCUCUCCGCAGGAGACCCCAGCUUUAUUAUGAGACAUCAAUCCAUGCCAUCAAAAACAUGCGCAGGAAAAUGGAGGACAAACACGUCUGCAUUCCUGACUUUAAUAUGCUCUUCAACCUAGAGGACCAGGAAGAACAAGCUUACUUUGCAGUGUUUGAUGGCCACGGGGGAGUGGACGCUGCCAUUUACGCCUCCAUUCACCUGCAUGUUAACUUAGUACGCCAGGAGGUGUUCCCCCAUGAUCCUGCUGAGGCCCUGUGCCGGGCCUUCCGGGUCACUGAUGAGCGGUUUGUACAGAAAGCAGCCAGGGAGAGCUUAAGAUGCGGGACCACAGGAGUGGUGACUUUUAUCAGAGGCAACAUGCUACAUGUGGCCUGGGUAGGUGAUUCCCAGGUUAUGCUUGUGAGAAAGGGCCAAGCUGUUGAACUAAUGAAGCCACACAAGCCGGACAGAGAGGAUGAAAAGCAGCGAAUUGAGGCCCUUGGAGGUUGUGUAGUCUGGUUUGGUGCCUGGAGGGUGAAUGGAAGUCUGUCGGUCUCCAGAGCUAUUGGAGAUGCUGAACAUAAGCCGUAUAUCUGUGGGGAUGCAGAUUCCGCCUCCACUGUUUUGGAUGGAACUGAAGACUACCUCAUUCUGGCCUGUGAUGGCUUCUACGACACCGUGAACCCUGAUGAGGCAGUGAAAGUUGUGUCUGACCACCUGAAGGAGAAUAAUGGGGACAGCAGCAUGGUUGCCCACAAGUUAGUGGCAUCAGCUCGUGAUGCUGGGUCAAGUGAUAACAUCACUGUUAUUGUGGUAUUCCUGAGGGACAUGGACAAAGCUGUAAAUGUUAGUGAGGAGUCAGACUGGACAGAGAACUCUUUUCAAGGAGGGCAAGAAGAUGGUGGGGAUGAUAAGGAGAAUCAUGGAGAGUGCAAACGCCCUUGGCCUCAGCACCAGUGCUCAGCACCGGCCGAUCUAGGCUAUGAUGGGCGUGUGGAUUCAUUCACUGAUAGAACUAGCCUGAGCCCAGGGUCCCAAAUCAACGUGCUGGAAGACCCAGGCUACCUAGAUCUCACACAAAUAGAAGCAAGCAAACCUCACAGUGCCCAGUUUUUGUCACCAGUUGAGAUGUUUGGUCCUGGUGCACCAAAGAAAGCAGAUUUUAUUAAUGAGCUAAUAAUGGAGAAAAAAUCAGUUCAAUCGUCAUUGCCUGAACGGAGUGGUGCUGGAGAGUUUCCCUCUUCUUUUAAUUUGGGUUCAACAGGGCAGCAGAUACGCAGAAUGGAGAGCUUGUCUCCUGUUUGUUCUAGGUUGGAAAAUGAACAGUUCAAAUUCCUGGGAAAGAGAGUUUCUAGAUUGUAUCGUUUACACUACCACUACUCAAAGAGGCGGCACGGAUUCAGGUUUAAUCCAAAGUUUUAUUCUUUUCUCUCUGCUCCAGAGCCUUCCCACAAAACAGGCACUAGCCUGUCCUCACUUAUUCGAAGUGGGAAGAGAAAUAGGAUGUUAAGAAGUUCUCUGCCAUGGAGACAAAACAGUUGGAAAGGGUACAGUGAAAACAUGGGGAAGCUUAAAAAGAGUAACGCUAUUCCAUACCCAGCUUUUCCCUGGAGUUUUAAAAUAUAAUAAAUAACUUUCUCUUUAAAGUAGGCUAGCUAGCUCUCCCCCAAUAAAAACAUCCCUAUCAGAGUAGAAACAAGGUAGACAUUUCUGAAAUACUGUGUGCUUCAUUAUGAUGAGCCAUGGAUGGCUCAACUCUUAAAUGUAAAUAGAUCUCUAGGAAACUCACAUCUAAUAAAAAAAGUACUGGCGGUUUCACUAGCAAAAUUAUACACCUGGUCCCAGUGACGUGUUUCUGUACCUACAUACCACCGCCACCCCAUGACCCCUUCGCGUCACUAGUGGAAGCUUGCGAGUUGGUUAUUUCAGUCAGGAGAUAUAGUAUUGAAAUCUCACGGCAGGUGAAAUCUGUUCUGAUGUGCCUAAUAUAUCUCUGGAAAACUUAAUGCAGAAUUAGAUCUAGUUGGGGAAUGUUCCUCAAAAGACUGGGGACUGAGGGAAAGCCCCUCCCCUUUUUUUGGUAGGUAAAAGGCUAAAAGCCACAUGGGUUUUAACUGGUAAUAAUGAAAGUAGAAAACUAGUGUAAAAAUGUCAUUCUCAGACUUGUGAGGUGGUAUAUAGUCAAACAGAUUAAUUUUUUCCUGUAACAUAGAAGACCAACAAUGAAAAUUUUUUGAAUUAAAAAGUAUUUCCUAGGGCUAUAGCUAUUUGGGAGUUUCAUACCCUGUUAUGGUGCUUUUGACGGAAUUAUUAUUAUUUUUUAGAAGACUGCUGUCUAUUGGUUUUAACCUAUGAUGCUAAUGUGUUUUUCACUGUACCCUCAUCUCAGGAGUAAAACUUCUUUAAUGGAGAUGAUUUCAGGUACAAAUAUACUAGAAUCAAGUUGCCAUCUUAAAAGAAAAUCAAAUAGUAUUUCUAUUUUUUUCUGCCUUUUUUUAAAAAUAAAAGUUCAGACAGCAAAGGCAUGUACUACGAUCAAAUAAAAAGUGGUGUUGGAGAAUGAAAAAUAUUAGUUUUAACUUCUCUAAAAUUGUUUCCCCCAAGGGAAUGAAAUAAGUGGUGUGGAAGAGGCUGAAAGUACUGCCUAAAGUGAGCCCAGAGGCCAAGUGCAAAGGAGAAUGCAGAUUACCGCAGCUGAGGUCUGUUUAGUUGUAAAUUUGAGUCCUGCAGCGUCAGACCAAAUAGUACACGUUUCUCUUUUCAAUAUUUAUUUACAUUUGAUAUUCUGAAAUUGUCUGCUUUUUGUCAUUUCCACAGUUUCAAGUCAGAACCGUAUCUGCAACUAGAGGCCGCAAAUAAACUAAUAAUCAGAUUCAUUCAGUGAAGCAGCCUGAUUCUUUGAGAAUCAUGAGUGUCUCCACAUGACAUUUUACCCUCCCCCAGUCGAGCAUGGAGCAACCACGCCAAUGCACAGGAGCUGCCUGCUGCAGGGCUCACUCCCUCAUACUGUUGGGAGGUGCUAAAUGCUCUUGCUGAGAAACGUGCACUGAGCAAUCCUGUUUUAACAUAAUACUAACACACUAAUUACUUUAUGUUCCCCAGACUCAUCAUGGAGGACUAAGAUUCCUGGAUCUUCAGAACACAGAGGACUGUGGCAUAUUUUGGGGCGCCAGUGUAGCUGUGUCAAACAAAUAAAAACAGAUUCACUUUAGCAACAGAUUGAUAAUCUACAGAUUUUACUUUUUAAAAUUUGGAUGUAAGUAGAGAUUGUCAGUAUUUGUUUUCCCUUAUUUUGAAGUCAUUUCAAGUCUUGUGACACAUGGCUGAAAAGGAGGGAGCACCCAUGGCUCCAACCGUAGCACCAGAAUCUUUUCACCAUCCUGAUGCUUUACCCCCAUACAUGGACCUCACUCACAUCCGUCAUUUUUGGAAGCCUAGAUCUUGUUAACAACCCAUCAGGUGCAGUGUCAGUUUCAAAUCACAUUCUCAUCUAAGGAAGCAAGAAAACAGGGGCAGCAGAGCACGUAUAUAUUAUGGCCCAAAGCACUAGGCCAAGUUAAACAAGUUUUCUAAAGAUUUUUCUAUAGUUGUCUAUUGCUAAUGAGUUUGAUCAGAAUAAAGAAGGUGAAAGGAAAUAAGGUACAAAGGACAGGUUUUUUCAGUGGGGAAAAAGGGUUGGAUGAAAUUGGGACUAAGAGACCACAUCUUUAAGGGUCUGAAUUUUGUAGGUGUAACUACAUAAGCAGUGUUAACUCCAUUUCUGAUACCAGUAGCCCUCUAGAAAAUAAAGCAACGUAGCUCUAGUGCGGUCACGUUAUAAGCCAAUAUUGUAAAAAAUAGCAACUACUAUUCAUUUGUUCACGACAUGCAUAUUUAUAGAAUAGUUAGUUAGGUACCGCUUGUAAGGUAAGUCCUUUAAAAUUCUAUAAUACAUAUUAAAGUAGUGGUUAUUGGUCUGAUAUAUACUGCUCUUGGUUCUAUAAACUAGAUAAAAAGCAGUGCUUUGUGAAACGCAGUGUUAUACUUAAUGCCACUGGUGAUAGAAAGUAGUUCCCUUCAGUUCACAUCCUGUGCCCUCAUCUGCUGCUUGCUGACGUAAGCAAUAAGUCCCCCCUCUUACUCAUGGUGUCUACACAUUUCUGUAACUUGUAUUUAAUGAUGGUGUAUCUGGUGAUUGUAAAAAUAUUAGACAGAUAUAAAAGUAUAUAAUAUAAA